AGAUACUUUCUGCUACCAGUAUAUUUUAAUGUGACUUGUGUAGACUGCAUCAAAGAAACGAUCAGUUUUACAGACAGCAACUUAAAUGUAUAUAAGCUACGUAUUAUAUGCACAGGUCUAGCAGUUUCAGGAGCGUUAACAACCGGAGAUGUUUGGUUAUCUAGUUACCAUACUGGUUUCAAUCUUUCUGACGGCGGUUGUCGUCCAAGAAUCUGAGGCGGUGUGUUGUGCUUCAGGAGCCUCGCUCCGCUGGUGUGUGGACUGUACCAGGAGAACUCCGUAUUGUGGCAAAGGUCCAUGCAAUAUAUUCGGAUGCGCGUGCGAGGGUGGAUGUAGACAGUCUUGUGGCCCAAAACUCCUCGAUCCAGUUAACGCUGGGAUUGUAAUUUACUACAAUACGUGUCGUUGCAAUAACAAGAGAUCCAUGACAGAUGAGGCUGUGGUUGAUGCAUACAGAGAGGAUCAGGUUUUCGAGCCCUGAAUUGGCACCGGGACUAGAUCCAGGCGUGCAAAUGUAGGAGAGGAGCCGUCUGGGCAUACUUUUAUUUCUAUUAUAAUUAUUAUUCAGUUGAGAACGCGUAAUGUUA